GUGGAUCGUUUGAUCGAGGAAUCCAUAGAGUGACGACUUCUGUUGAUUGGCUUUCUGUGCAUAAAAUUUGUAUAAGCUGGUCCAAAGUUAGUACUUUGUUGUUAAGUGUAUGCUUGGUACUCAACUUCCUCAUUUUCAUAUAAUAUGCACUAAUCUACCAUAUUAGUUCAUACACUGAUUAAUAAUUGGUCAUUUUGUCUCUUUAUAUCUUUUUGUAAUGGCGGAGACUACUGCUGCACCGCUGUCUGUAAAUACUAAGCUUUUCAUUGGCUCCAUUCCUACAAAUGUGACAGAGGAUCAACUUAAAACCGAACUGUCAAAGUAUGGAAAGUUGGUGUCCCUCUUUUAUAUGCCAGACCAGGGAAAACAGAACAAUGGUUGGGCAUUUGUUACAUUUGAGGACAAUAAAAGUGCCACUACUACUAUAGAAGCCCUCAAUGGGAAAAUUGUAUUUGAGGGUUCAGUGCAAGCUCUGGAGGUCGUAUAUGCUUCCCAAAGAAAUAUGGGUGAUGUUGGAUUUGGAUCCUCCUCCACAGCUGCUUCUUCUAGUGCGACAACUACAACUACUCCUCCUGUAGCUGCCACUACUGCAACAGCUGCUACCACCGCAGCGGCAGCUGCACAAAUUCCAGGUGUUGCUUUGGGUUUAUGGCAACAAUUUACUACCCCUGAAGGUGUUCCGUAUUAUUACAAUGUAAGGACUGGUCAGACCCAGUGGCAAAAACCAGUAGAAAUGGCCCCUGCAAUGUAUGGAUUAGGAGCAACAAGGCCACCCUCGGUUGGAGGUUCAUCUUUUGGCCCUCCAGGGGCAAACUUGUUUGUGUUUCAUGUCCCAGCUAGCUGGAAUGAUAUUGAUCUGAUUGAGCACUUCAAACAUUUUGGUACAGUUAUAAGCGCCCGCGUUCAGAGAGAUGCAGCAGGUAGAAAUAGAGGAUUUGGAUUUAUUUCUUAUGAUAACCCUCAAUCUGCACUCAUUGCCAUUAAAAAUAUGAACGGAUUUAGUGUUGGCGGAAAAUAUCUUAAAGUACAACUUAAAAAGGGUGAGGAACACUAUAUGCAAAAUGACCAAUUUUCUGCACUCCAAGCAUUUUCUCAACCACAACCAUUUGUUACGCCUCAAUUACAACCGAAUACUCUUACUCCAAAGUAUCAAAUGCAUUAUAAUCCCUACUAGUUGGAAAUUUGGAUCUCUGCGGAUAUGUUAAUUUUCCAUCUACAAAUCUCCAAAUGAA